AUGGUGAGGAGCUCUUCAUCGAUGCUCUUUCCGUCCGCCCUGCUUGGUAUUUUCCUCUACGCCGCCUGUCCCAAGAAGGCGGCAUUCCUUCCUGGAGCCUGGAGCGCUGGUGGAGGGUCCACGAAACCCACAGCCACAGAUCCGGCCCAAGAGGCCACUCCCAUUCCCUCGCGUCGUCACAUGCUGGCCGGGGCAGCUUUGGCAGCCGCGUACUUAGAGCGCCAUCUCCUUGCGCUUUCUGCCUAG